AUGGGCAAAAUUGUUUGUUUAAGUAGAAUUGAAACAUUUUCUGCAGCUCAUAGAUUGAACUCUGCUGAAUUAACUGCCGAAGAAAAUAAAGAAAUAUAUGUUGAAGUAGUAAUCAAAGGAGAGGUUGAUUCAAAAACAGGGAUGUUGAUGAAUUUAAAAGAUUUAAAAGAUUACAUGAGAAUAGCAAUAAUGGAUAAAUUAGAUCAUAAAAAUUUGGAUUUAGAUGUUCCAUAUUUUAAAAAUAUUCCAAGUACAACUGAAAAUUUGGCAGUAUUUAUAUGGGAUAGUAUGAUAAAUAUUUUACCAAAUGAUAAAUCUUAUAGAUUAUUUGAAAUUAAAAUAUAUGAAACAGUUAAUAAUAUUGUAGGAAAGACUUGUAAAUGGUGUAAAGAAUAUUAUGAAAAGAGGAUUGAUGAAAAUGUUAAAUCUUUUUUAAAAAGAUUAAAUAAAAAUGAUGAACUUACUAGUGAAGAU